AUGACAGUUCGUCAAGUUGCUGCCAAAAAAUCAGCGGAGAAGGACGUCCCUGCCUUCUCCCUCAUCCCAGAUAAUCUAACUGCAAGAGAUGACUUGAUGAACCUGGUGAUAGACAACUGUCAAGUCUCCGAGACCGAGGUGGAGGAUAUUUAUCCCUGUACGGCCUGGCAGGAAGGACAAUUCCUGCAUCAGUCAUCCAGCAUCGAUUACGAAUUCCAUCUAUCCGUCGAGGUAGACCGACACAGAUUUCAGUCCGCAUGGGAGGAGGCCAUAUUCGCCAACCCCAUCUUGCGCACCCGGAUUGUGCGUGGGCAUGAUGGAAAGUUAUGGCAAGCUGUCCUUCGGGGAACAAUCCCAUGGGAUACCCGACAGUCUACUCAGCCCAUCCCAGUUGAGUGGCGGUCUUGGGAGUUAGGCCAGCCCUUGAUGCGCCUGGCUCUCAGCUCUCAAAGCUCACUUGGGGAGCGACUCUGUUUUACUGUGCUCAUCCACCAUGCCCUGGCAAAUGAACAUGCCCUCCAACUUCUGCUGAGCCAAGUGGAAGCCGCAUAUGGUGGAAUCUGCUUGCCCUACCGGCCAUACAACAGGUUCGUCCACUCCCUAUCGGAGAUGCCGGGCGAGACGGACGAUUUUUGGAAAGACCAUCUCCGUAAUUUGAAUGCUGUUCCUUUUCCAAAGUUACCAUCACGAGACUAUAUUCCAAAACCCUCGGCACAUAUCCUGGGUACUAUCCCGCUCGAACGCAGUCGCGGCGAUGGCCAUUCUAUCCCAGCAAAACUUGAAUUCUCCUGGGCUCUGCUGCUGAGCCUGUACACGCAGAACUCAGACGUUGUAUUUGGCAUGGUCACUUAUGAUCAAGUACCCCCAGGACUGGGGAUGGAGGAAAUCACCGGGCCGAUGAUGACCACCUAUCCUUUGCGAAUUGCGCUCGACUCAAACGAGACUGUCUCCGACACGCUCAGCCGGAUACAGUGCAUUGCCACGAAAAGCACGGCCUUUGCGCACGCCGGUCUACAUCGCAUUUCUCGCCUCGGAUUCGAUGCUCAACAAGCAUGCCAGUUUCAAAGCGUGCUCCACAUUCAAACGGCGUGUGAAGAAGAGUCUUCCAUGUUUGUAGACAGAAAGACACUGUCCACUCCCGCUGUAUCAGGUGUAAAUGCAAUCAGCCUUACGUGCCAGGUCCUCUCCGAAUGCGUUACCGUAACAGUGAAUUUCGAUCCACAGGUCAUACAAAGAUCCGAAGUACAGAGGAUGCUGAAUCAACUAAGACAUGUAUAUCAACAGGCAGACCUAUCCCCCACAACCCGCAUGCAUGAUAUGGAUGUUCUCAGUAAGGAGGACCUGGUGCAGCUACAGGAUUGGAAUGGGAGGCUACCUGUUGGAUCCCAAUACUGCGUCCACGAGGCAAUUCAGGAACAGUGCUUGGCCCGGCCAGGCGCCCCUGCUGUGUCGGCAUGGGAUGGUAGUUUUUCAUAUGGUGAACUCGAGGCGCAGGCUUCUAUCCUCGCCAACACCUUGGCUUACUAUGGGGUUGGACCUGAAGUCUUUGUCCCAGUGUGUUUUGAAAAGUCGCGUUGGGUCACUGUCGCCAUGCUCGGUGUCCUCAAAGCUGGAGGCGCCGUCAUGAUGCUUGAUCCAUCUCACCCCAUGCAGCAUCUCCAGGAGAUGUGUCGCGACGCCUGCACCUCCAUUGUCCUCGCCUCGUCUUUGGUCAAAAGCCAGGUAGAGAACCUGGGGCUGAAAGUCCUCGUUGUGGGCGACCAUGAAACAGACUGGCGGCGUGAGCAUCCGAGAGUACAUGUCCCCAAACCAACCUCCGACAAUGCUUUGUUUGUGACUUUCACCUCGGGCUCCACGGGGAAACCCAAAUGCGCGGUGAAUAGCCAUGGAUCCUUGCACACAAACUUUAAUGUAAAUCGUGCUAACCUGCGUCUUUGCUCCCAAUCACGAGUGCUGCAAUUUUCUUCCCACGCCUUUGAUUUAAGCGUAGCAGAGCAUCUUUGGGCCCUGCUUGCGGGAGGCUGCGUGUGUAUUCCAUCUGAACAAGACCGAAUGUUCAACCUCCAGGGUGUGAUUAACGAUUUGCACGCCAACUGGAUGUGCCUCACCCCCGCCGUUGCACGGACCCUGAAGCCAGACGGAAUCCCGUCGAUUGAGACCCUAAUUUUGGCCGGGGAGCCAAGCACAACCGCUGACAUCGAAAUGUGGCCGCCUGGAGUUCAAGUGCUUAACCUGUAUGGCCCAGCAGAAUGUGCAGUCAUGUCUACCCUUCAACCGGACAUGCGCGGCGAGCACAUGGUGAAUAAUAUCGGGCAUUCACUGGGUGCAGCAUGUUGGAUCGUUGACCCGCAGAAUCAUCAUCGCUUAGUCCCCAUCGGCGCCGUUGGAGAACUAGUGAUCGAAGGCCCUAUUGUCGGACGAGGGUACCUGAAUCGGCCGGAUCUCACCGCGGCAGCUUUCAUCGACCCGCCUGGCUGGAUUCAACGGUUCCGGCCUUUCCCCGGUAGACUAUACAAGACCGGAGAUCUCGUACACCAUGCGCCGGAUGGAUCAUUGAUCUACGUAGGGCGGAAGGAUACCCAGGUCAAGCUCCGAGGGCAGCGAAUUGAGCUCGACGAAGUGGCGCACCACGCAAACCUCGCCUUCCCGGGAGCCGAGCAGGCAGUGGCGGAGGUGAUCAAGCCGGAAUCAGGGACGAGACCCCCCAUCCUGGUUGCUUUUGUACUGUGCACGCGUCAUAGGGCCCAGGAGCCUCGGCCCGGAAAGGCUUUGUUUGCAGAGGCUGAUUCUCAAGCCUGCGAAGACGCUGCGAUGGCUACCUCGCGGCUACAAGACCGGCUGCCUGCGUAUAUGGUUCCCGCGGCGUUCAUCCCGCUGGUAUACGUACCGCUGUCACGCACCGGGAAGCUCGAUCGCCGCUUGUUGCGUGACCGGGCAUCGCUCCUUUCAUGGGAUCAAAUUGCCCAGUAUGUCCAGAGAAGCGUUGCGAAGCGAUCCCCUUUCACCCAGGCCCAAACAACACUGCAGGAAAUGUUUGCGCGUGUUUUGCAGCUGCCACAGGAGGAUGUUGGCAUCGACGACAAUUUCUUCCUCCUUGGAGGUAACUCGAUAUUAGCCACGCAGUUGGUCGCGGGCAUGAGAGACUCUGGAUACGCCAUGACCGGCGGCGAUCUGUUCACAAAGCCGAUUCUGCUGGACCUGGCCGAGAAGCUCAUCCCAGCUGGUGAAACACGGGAGGAGGAUGUCCUACCGUUCACAAUGCUUCCUGCGCACGUUUCCCGCGACGAGAUUGCCGUAGCCGCUACGAUGGCUAUGGACGUCACAGUCGCUCAAAUUGAGGACGUAUACCCUUCUACCCCCAUGCAAGAAGGUUUGAUGGCCCUCUCUUCGAAGACCCCAGAUGCAUAUGUGGGAACCUUCACGUAUGAUCUGCGAGAAGAGAUAGAUCUCAAUCGAUUCCGAGCUGCAUUUGAAGCGGUUGUGAUGAAUAACUCCAUCCUGCGCAGCCGCCUCAUGUACUUCCAGAGUCAGUGCUUCCAAGUUGUCAUCGACGAGCGGGUCCCGUGGGAUACGUAUCGCAACCAGGAAGAAUACGACCGGCAAUACCGUAUGAGUAACAUGGGAAUAAAUGCGAGGCUUACCCAGCUGGCCCUGAUCGUUGAGCCCCCGUCUUUCGUCCUGAAGAUCCAUCACGCCAUGUACGAUGGCCAGAGUUUGCCCAUCCUAUGGAGCCAAGUGGUGGCGGCCUACAACGGGGCUCGACUGGAACCGCGUCCCUUCAAUCGGUUUCUCAACUAUCUGAUAGGAACGGGGCUGUCAGAGCAGUUUUGGCGCUCACAGUUCGAAAACCUCGACGCGAGCGUCUUCCCAAGGCUUCCUGCCCCGGGGUAUGUCCCUACCCCGAAGGGGAACUUGAUCUAUCACAUCGAUAAUCUUCCAACCAUCAAGACUGCACACACUCUGCCGACCAGUAUUCAACUGGCAUGGGCCGUGUGCCUUUCCCACUACACUGACUCCAAUGACGUGGUUUUUGGAAUCGUUGCAGACGGGCGAAAGGCCCCGUUUCCUGGCAUUGAUCAGGUCUCCGGUCCCACACUGACCACGUAUCCCCUGCGAGUCCUACUGGACUCAGGCAUAUCCAUUGACCACAUGCUCUCCGUCCUCCAGGCUCAAGUAGCGUCAACCUUUCCCCAUGAACAUGUCGGGCUGCAGAAUAUCCGCAAGCUGAGCAGUGAGGCGGCGCUAGCGUGCGACUUCCAAUGCCAGCUCGGCAUUCAGCCCAUGCUGGAGGCGACGGAGCGACCGUUGGCGACAUGUAGAACCGAAGGCGAUCUGGACUACGCUGCGUUCUCCAGUUAUGCACUCGUGAUUGUCUUUCAUCCUCAGCGCAUUGAAGAUGAAUACCAUGUCACCAUCUCUGGGAAUUACGAUACGGACAUCGUGAAUGCGCACGAGGCGCAGAGGAUGCUGGAACAAUUCGAACAUUUCCUGCGCUAUAUUAUGCAGCAUCCCCAGGACAAACUCCAGGACAUUCCACCGCUCUCUCCAGCAGAUAUGCGGCGGCUGACUGAGUGGAAUGGCGCUUUGCCUUCCUCGUUGGAUGUCUGUUUGCAUGACCUUGUCCUGCAAAACUGUCAAGUGCAUCCGGACGCCCAGGCUGUGUCGGCAUGGGAUGGGGAUUGGGAGUACGGAGAGCUUGCAUCGCUAUCAUCACAGCUGGCCCAUCACCUGCAGGCCAAUGGAGCAACAACUGGCCGUAUCGUUCCCGUCUGCUUCGAAAAAUCCAAGUGGGCCGUGCUGGCCAUGAUGGCCAUCCUUAGGGCUGGUGCUGCAGUCACCGCAAUUGACCCGAAGCAUCCGCUCGAGAGGAUCUCUCAAAUCCUGAGCCAGAUUAGCCCACCGGUCAUUUUGGCCUCCGCCACCACAAAGCACCUCUUCGAUAGCGUGUCUGUCCCCGUGGUGACGGCGCCCUUCCGGGGGGUCAUUCGUUCCAAAAGGGAGACUCUCCGUGAUGUUGUUUCUCCAAACACAUCAUCAGCGGCGCCAGACGAUCCGGCAUUCAUUGUCUUCACAUCCGGAUCUACCGGUCAGCCAAAAGGUAUUGUGAUGGAGCACCGCACUCUCUGCACCAGUAUUCGAGACCACAGUAAACCCCUUCGAGCAGAUCAAGGAGUUCGCGGUCUCCACUUUGCGUCCUAUGCUUUUGACGCGAGUAUCUAUGAGAUAUUCACCAUCCUCAGCAAUGGUGGUUGUAUCUGCAUUCCUUCAGAGGUGCAACGUUUGAAUGGGAUCGAACAGUUUAUAGAAGAGCACCGUGUCAACUGGGCGAACUUUUCCCCCUCAACGUUCCGCAUCUUACACCCGGAUCGGGUUCCCAGUUUGCAGACAGUCGUCCUUGGUGGAGAGCCUCUCACCUUGGAUAUCGCACAGCAAUGGUGCACUCGCCUCACCUUAGUAAACGGAUACGGGCCCGCGGAGACUACGAUCUGCGCUGCGGGCUCUGUCUCCGCAGAGGGGUGGAAAGUCGGCACCAUCGGUCCGGUCACCGGAGGAGCAGGAUGGAUCACCCGUCCCUCCGAUCCCGGUCAUUUAUGUCCCAUUGGCGCCGUCGGAGAACUACUCAUCGAGGGCCCAGUUGUCACCCGAGGAUACCUGAACGGCGCCGCAGGAGGAUUCAUAGAAGCCCCGGACUGGUUGACACGGUUCCGUAAAGGCCGACCUGGACGUGUGUAUCGGACUGGGGAUUUGGUGCAGUAUAUCGCCGAUGGGUCGAUCCGCUUUAUGGGUCGAAAUGAUACCCAGGUAAAGCUUCGGGGACAGAGAAUUGAACUAGCAGAGGUGGAGUACACCGUACGGCUCUCCUUUGAUAAUCUGAAUGUGGCCGCGGAGAUUGUUCCACUACCAGGAUAUGCAGGUUCGUCUGCGUUGGUUGCAUUCGUGGAGGAUAAAGAGAACGAAUCCCCAAGUUCAGUUGCUUCUCUCUUUUGUCGGCCAACAGAGGCCUUCAAAUCCCGCUGUCAGGUCGCUCAAACGCAGCUGGAAAGAACACUCCCGACUUAUAUGGUCCCCUCCGUCUUGCUCCCCGUAUCACGGCUGCCCUUCACGACAGGGGGAAAGCUUGACCGUAAGCGUCUUCGGCAGGCAGCAACAUCUUUAUCCGCAGAGGAGAUAAGUGUCUACACUGCAAUAGCACCGAGUCAGCAUCGGCAGCCGUCCACGGCGGUUGAGAAGAUCAUGCACCAGGUAUGGGCGGAUGUGUUGAAUAAGGACCCCGGAAGCUUCGGCGUUGAGGAUAGCUUCUUUCGUCUGGGAGGUGACUCGAUCAGUGCGAUGCAGGUUGUGUCGCUGUCCAUCAAGUCUGGAGUGACCGUGACAGUGGAGCAGAUUAUGCGCUGCAAGACGAUUGCGUUGUUAGGCUCGGCCCUGCAAGUAUCCACUACUGUCCAUCAUGGUAAAUCCCAUCAUGACAAACUUAAUGUUCGCUUUGCGCUCUCUCCGGUCCAGCAGCUCUUCUUCGAGAAGGUGAAUGACAUAGUUCAUUUCAAUCAGAGUAUGGUCUUGCGUGUCCGAAACCCUGUUUCCGCUACGACGCUGUUGCAGGCGGUGCGAUCCAUUGUAAAGAAGCAUUCAAUGUUGAGAGCGAGGUUCCAUCCAGACACCGAUUUUCCUGGCAAUUGGGCCCAGAUUGUCACCGAGGGCAUAGACGGCAGCUAUUUGAUCCAGCAACAUCAAGGUGUUUCUUUGGACAAGGCUCGUAGGAUCUGUCAAUCAAGCCACAAGUCCAUCAACAUUCGAGACGGACCCUUGCUCGCAGUAGACUGCAUGGCCAUGGAUAACGGUGACCAGUUGAUGUCUUUAAUUGUACAUCACCUCGUGGUGGAUAUCGUAUCUUUCAACAUCAUACUUGAUGAUCUUGAGGAAAUCAUCGCCACUGGACAUCCUUCCAUCUCUUCAUCGCUCCCCUUCUCCGUCUGGCUGCAGAUCCAGUCCGAGCACGCUAGGAAUAUGCCGUGCUUCGAUUUUGGUCCCCAUCCGCCUUUAGAUUUCUCCAAGUUGCUAGAAUACUGGGGUUUGGACGGCAAACGCAACUGCUACGCUGAUGUGGAUGAAACAAGAUUCAACCUAGGUGCAGACGAGACCGAGGUACUCUUCAAAAGUGCAAACGACGCCUUUGGGACAAAGCCCGUCGAGCUUGUUCAUGCUGCCCUGUUAUAUGCCUUCGCUCGUGUCUUCCCUGACCGGAACUUACCUCUGAUCUGGAGUGAGGGCCACGGACGUGAGACACGGGAUACCGGUGCAGACCUCUCUAGAACGGUGGGCUGGUUUACUGAUUUCUGGCCCGCGUACGUGGAGGUAGGAACUCAGCAGAGUCUGAUGGAAUUUGUGAGGCGAUCUAAGGAUGGCCGACGACAAGCAGAAAACUGGCAUCAGCGACAGUAUCUAGCCGCUCAUUACGCCCGCAUUAAUGCUGGGGUACGUGGCGAAGCACUCGAUGGGUUCGAAAUUCUGUUCAACUUUUCCGGGCUCUCUGCGUCGCAGUCCCGUCCCGGUGCCCGUUUUCAAAGGACCUCUUUGGACGACUCCCCUCUACCGAACUUGGAUGGAGAGGCAACUCGCUUUGCUUUGUUUGAUGUGUGGGCUGAAGUCAUCGAUUCACAAUUAGUAGUCCAUAUUAUAUCGAACCGCUACAUGAAAGCAUGCCACACCAUUAAACACUGGGCUCGCGAAUGCAAGGAAGCACUCCUUAAACUUACGGCUCUGAUGCCAUCCAGAACGCCAACCUUCACCAAAUCAGAUUUCCCACUGCUUGCCCUGACUUAUGAGCAAUUGGACAGGUUCCAAAGCUGCACGCAGAGCUAUUUCACUGAUAAAGGACUUGAAAUCUCGAACGCUUACCCCUGCAGUCCGAUCCAGCGGGGCAUGUUGCUCAGCCAGGCGAAACGCUUGGGAGACUACAUGAAUAACUUUCGAUGGAGGAUUCGCCCGCGGAAAGCCCAAGCAGAGAUAGACAUAUCCCGGUUGAUCAGUGCCUGGCAGCAGCUUAUUAAUAGACACCCUCUCCUGCGAACGGUCUUUUUGGAAAGCUGCCGAAACGAUGGUUCCACCGACCAGAUUGUGCUGGAGACAUAUAGGGCUGAUGUGGAUGUCAUCCAGUCGCCUGAAAGAGACCCUUUGCAAACGCUCGCUAGCUACACGCCACCGCCUCUGUCGGUAAUGAAACCCCCGCAUCGGCUCACGGUAUGCCAUACAGAGAACCGGGAGGUCGCAUGCCUCUUUGAGGUCAGCCAUGUUAUUGUUGAUGGUCUGUCCCAUCAGAUUAUCCUACGCGACCUGAAGCUCGCAUACGACGGAGCAAUGGAAUCGCCACUUGACCAUGUAUAUCAGGAGUACAUUGCGUAUAUCCAUAAGCAGCCAUUGGAUACUGCACGAGCCUAUUGGCUGGACUAUCUACAUCAAAUAGAGCCGUCUCUGUUCCCCAGUCUUCCCAGGAAUCCGGACGCGGUUGAUGAGAGGGGAGUCGGAUGCAUCAGGCUCUCUUUGACGGAAUCCUCUUCGCUUAUCGCAUUCUGUCAGGCCAACGAUUUGACGAUCGGAUCAGUUUUUCAGCUCGCAUGGGCUCUGGUUCUGAAAGCAUACACUAGUUCUGACGAUGUGUGCUUUGGAUACAUCACCUCGGGCAGAGACGUCCCAAUUACGGGCAUUCACGAUGCAGUCGGUCCUUUUAUCAACAUGCUAGUCCGCCGCAUAAGACUUGAUCAAGGCACCACUCUCCUUGAUGUGCUCAAACAAUGCCAGGCUGACUUCACCAGGAGUCUGGAGUUCCAAUUCUAUUCAUUGGCGGAUAUCACCCACCAACAGAAACACAGCAGAGCAAGUCCACUGUUUAAUACAUCCAUCUCUGUGCAGAAAGAGCUGGAGAGCUACUCUGCUCCAGAAUCAUUCAUGGUGUUUGCUGACAGUGAAGGAGAGUUUCCUACCGAGUAUGAUGUUUUACUGGACAUCGGUGUUCUAAAGGACCGUGUGCUCAUCCAGCUUCAGUACCAGCGGACCAUUCUUACCCAGCGCCAGGGCAGCCACGUCCUGGAUGCAUUUUGUCAAGCUACCAAAACCAUCAUUCGUGACCCUGGUAUUACACCACAAGAAUUGGCCGUUCUUGGAGGAGACUCCGAGACAUUGGUACUGCAAUGGAACGAGCAAGCCCUAGGCCCCGUCCCCACUCCGCAGAAAACCGUGUCUGAGAUGAUCCAUGAACGUUGCAUCUUGCAACCCGAAGCGUCUGCCGUAUGCGCCUGGGAUGGGAAUCUGACCUAUGCUGAGCUAGAUCGGUUCAGCGCGCGCCUCGCUGCAGUUCUUAGACAGAAAGGAGCGGGGCCCGAAGUUUUCGUGCCGGUUUGUUUCGAAAAGUCUCGAUGGGCCAUAGUCGCGUUGCUAGGGGUCAUGAAAGCAGGCGCUGCUUUCAUCAUGAUGGAUCCAUCUCAGCCAUCCGAGAGGCUUCGCGCUAUCUGUAGAACAACGAAAUCGCAUCUUCUUAUAUCCUGCCACUCAAAGGCUAGCCUAGCAUCUGAACUCGGCCCGCAGGUUAUCAUCCUGGGAGAUUGUGAACAGCCUUGGGGAGAUAUGGACGAAUCGUUUUGCCUGCAAGGUCGAGCCGCAUCGCCGGAGAACGCCCUCUAUUCCGUAUUUACCUCAGGGUCCACUGGAACCCCGAAAGGAGUGGUCAUUGAACAUCGACACUACGCAGCUCGUGUCAACGACGAGAUCGUAGCAUAUAAAAUGGGUCCAGGAUGUAGAAUAUUCCAAUUCGUCUCGUAUUCUUGGGAUCCAAGCAUUCAGGACAUGCUGCAUGGUUUGGUAUCUGGUUCUUGCCUGUGUGUCCCCUCUGAUACCGAGUGGCAAGAGAAUCUAGCAGAAGCUGUGCUGCGGAUGCAAGCCAACUGGAUCACGAUGACGCCUUCGCUGGCGCGAAGCCUGAAUCCAGAGAAUUUCCCAACCAUAAAAACGAUAGUCAUCGGUGGUGAAAGGAUAACACGGCAAGAACUGCAGCUGUGGCAGGACAGGAACGUUGGUGUCAUAUACGGGCCUUCAGAAUGCACGCCUUCGUCGGCACACAGCUGGAUACACUGUUCUAAUACCCCAGCAGGCAUCCUUGGGACGCCCUUCCGAUGUAGGUGCUGGAUCGCUGAUCCCGAUAACUCUGAGAUCUUACUACCCAUCGGGGCCGUUGGAGAGUUACUGAUUGAAGGGCCGAAUGUCGGCCGAGGUUACCUGCAUGAGCCGGAAAAAACCUCUAUGGUAUUCAUUGAGCCCCCUUCUUGGUUACGCCAGAGGUAUGGAAGCAACAGCUAUCGCGUUUACAGGUCUGGCGAUCUUGCCCAGUAUCUCGAAGAUGGGCGACUGGUCCAUGUGAGGCGUAAGGACUUGCAGGUCAAAGUGCGAGGGCAGCGGAUGGAGCUUGGGGAAGUAGAGGCACACAUUCAUCGGCUCUAUUCAGAUCUGACUGACGCUAUCGUCGGUCUCAUUCAAGUUGAAGAUGCUGGCUGUCGUCCAGUCCUAGUUGCGUUCCUGCACGGACCUUCGACGUCAGCCCUGACUGAUGCAGGGACGGAGGCUAGCGGUCCAGGAUCUAACCAUGGUAGUAUCUUCUCUGCCCCCUUUGAGGCAUUCUACACCAGAGUGAAGGAGCUGAAGGCCGACCUUCGCAAGGCUCUCCCUGUGUUUAUGGUGCCGGAUGCAUUCGUGCCUCUUCGGUGUAUGCCACUGAGUGCCAGCGGCAAAGCGGAUCGCAAAAGGAUAUACGAGGAUGCAGCAUCCCUUUCAUGGGAACAAAUGCAAGUUUAUAUAGCGCCUCUGGAAGCUAAAAUCCAGCCAUCCACUGCUACUGAGCAGCUUCUCCAGAAAUGCACUGCUGAACUCCUGCAGAUAUCCCCGGAGCGCGUUGGGAUUGAAGAUAACUUUUUCCGGCUUGGAGGAGACUCCAUUUUGGCAUUGAACCUCAUAUCCAAUCUGCAGAAGGCAGGUCACAGGGUCACGAUGGCUGAUAUCUUCAGCAGUCAGCAGCUUCGUGACCUCGCAGCAGUCGCAACAACUAUUCCAACAGCCAGUAAACAGGAGCCCCCUAUUCCACGGCUUUCCUUGCUGCGUGACGUCGCCAACCCACAGUCCAUCCUGAAACAAGCUGCUCAGACCUGCCAUGUCCCAGAUGACUCUAUUGAGGAUGUCUAUCCGUGUACCGCGCUGCAGGAAGGUCUCAUGGUGUUGUCCACGAAGUUUGUCGGGAAGCAUAUCAAUCAAACCGCGUUUGAACUCGCGGCAGAUAUCGACCUGCAACGGUUCAUGUCCGCAUGGAAUGCUACAAUGGCGGCUAACAGCAUCCUCCGCACUAGAAUCAUACAAGUCGAGAAUCGUAGAUUUUACCAAGUUGUGGUACGCGACUUGGAUUCAUGGCAUCGAUUUCUCGAUAUGCACGAAUAUAAGACUCAUAUAUCCACCAAUACAAUGGGACUGGGGCAGCCCCUAAUUAACCUUUCCAUUGUUGGCCCCUCCGAUGCUACCCAGACGCACAGAUUCCUUCUGACAAUACAUCACGCUGUGUUCGAUGGGUGGUCCAUGCCUCUCCUGUGGGAACAAGUGGAAGUUGCGUAUCGAGGCGACAGGCUGGCCUCGCAUCCAUUCAAUAGGUUUAUCAGCCAUACUAUCGACAGUGCUGUAGGUGCCAAGGAAUUCUGGAAAGCGCAAUUUACCGACCUCCAAGCGGCUACUUUUCCUCAACUUCCUUCCCCACGAUACGUGCCCUCUCCAGAAUCUUCAUUCAAGUAUGAGCUUUCCGCUGCCGAGUCUCUGAAUACCGAAUUCACCAUAUCAACUGUGAUUCAGUUGGCAUGGUCAAUUCUCAUGUCUCACUACAUUGAUUCCGAAGACGUAGUAUUUGGUUUAACUGUGAAUGGACGCAACGCGCCUAUUCCAGGAAUCCAAGAUGUGACGGGUCCAACCAUUGCAACCUUCCCAUUACGUGCCAGACUCCGUUUGGAAAGCACAGUGGAGGCUAAUCUUGCCUCUCUACGCGAUCAGAUGACUGCCACUAUCCCGUUCGAACAAAUGGGUCUUCAGAAUAUUCGGGAGCUUGGGACAGGCGCUGCGGCAGCAUGCGAUUUCCAAUGCCAUCUCGCUAUUCAACCCCCGUUCGUACAAGUGAAUCCGGAGUUCGUAGUAAGCGAGAGUAGCUUACAUGAGAACUACUCUGACUUUGCCAACUACGCCUUGGUAGUCAUUUGUCAACUGGGCAAAACGGGCGACAACAAAAUCACUGUGGACGUCAGCCAUGAUGACAAGGUUAUUUCGCUGGCCACGGUGAAACGGAUGAUCCAGCAAUUCGAGCAUGUUCUGCAUCAAAUUUGGAAGAGUCCAGAACUACCUCUGGAUAAACUAGAUCUGAUAUGUCCACAGGAUAGACGACAACUGUCUGAGUGGAACAUACAGCUGCCCCUACCAUACUAUGUUGGUCUUCAUGACCUAGUUUUGGAGCACGCUGCGCAAAACACCCCAGUGCCCGCAAUCGAGGCUUGGGAUGGUACAGUAAGCUAUCGGGAACUUGAUCAUAUGUCCUUCGGCCUAGCAAAAAGGUUGCAUGGGAUGGGGGUGCAGCGCGGAUCGAUUAUUCCCCUGUGCCUGGAUCGAUCCAAGUGGGUGAUUAUCAGUAUGCUAGCAAUCCUCCGGACAGGUGGAACAUGCGCACCGCUAGACCCGAACCAUCCUCCAGAGCGCAUAAAGGAAAUCGUUGGCCGUACGGCAGCCAAGCUUGUGCUCACAGAAUCCGCCUAUCAGCACCGGUUCACCGACACUGAAGUCACAGUCCUUCUUAUCCCCGAGGAGGAAGAGGAAUGGGAAGUGUGGAGUGAGAUAAGAUCGCUUCCAAAGUCGAACCCAUCAGAUGCUGCAUUUAUCGUUUUUACGUCCGGAAGUACUGGGAAACCGAAAGGUAUUCUUAUGGACCACACAGCUCUUUGCACCAGUAUUCGAGAUCACACGACUCCCUUAAAUAUCCAGGCCGGGGUCCGUGGGUUGCAUUUUGCAUCGUAUGCAUUCGAUGCGAGCUUGUAUGAGAUCUUCUCAGUACUUGUUAACGGCGGUUGCGUGUGUAUCCCUUCAGAGACUAGCCGCAUGACUGACCUUGCAGGAUUCAUUAAUGCAUUUCAAGUGAAUUGGGCUGUCUUCACUCCUUCUGUGCUAAACACCUUGCUGCAUCCAGAUCAAGUCCCGAGCCUUCUAACCGUUGUCCUUGGAGGUGAAGCGAUUAGCCGGGAUAUUGUUGAUAUUUGGGCUUCCAGGUUGGCCCUUAUCAAUGGAUAUGGCCCAGCGGAAACUACUAUCUGCGCCGCUGGCCAGGUUCCACCUCAGGGAUGGACCACAGGUACCAUUGGCAGAACCACCGGCUGUGUUGGAUGGAUAACCACUAGCUCCGACCCUUCAAGGCUGGCUCCAAUUGGUGCUGUGGGAGAAUUAGUGAUGGAAGGUCCCGUUGUGACGCGUGGCUACCUGGACGAUCCGGAGAGAACCGCAGAAGCAUACAUUCCGGCACCCUUGUGGAUUGAGAAAUUCCGAGAUCCAUCAGAAGCAGGUCGUUUUUAUAGGACAGGAGAUUUGAUGCAGUAUACGGAUGAUGGGGGUAUUCGAUUUGUCGGCCGCAAAGACUCUCAGGUUAAAUUGCAUGGACAGCGAAUUGAAUUGCCUGACGUAGAGUAUCAUACUGCGCAAGCUUUCCCAGACGUUAACGAGAUAGUAGCCGAGGUUGUCUUUCGUCGUGGGAACCGCUGUGACCCAAUUCUAACCGUCUUCAUUGCGACGCAGUGUCGAACAAAUAGCUAUUCGGAUCUCUUUGUCGGCCCGAACACUGAGUUUAUUGCGUCAGCCCAUACAGCGACUGUUCGUCUUCGCAGUCAGCUGCCACGGUACCUUGUGCCGGGACUCUUUCUGCAGGUAUCUCACAUGCCCCGGACCAGCAGCGGCAAGAUCGAUCGCCGAAUGUUGCGAGAGCAGGCUUCCGUCCUCAGCCUUGAUAGCUUCGUGGCUAAGCGAGCUUUGUUGCGAGAACCCACAACAAACUCCGAGCGCAUAUUGCGUGAUCUGUGGACCGAUGUUCUCCAAGUGCCGGUGGAUGAGAUUGCGACAGAUGAUAACUUCUUCGAUAUCGGGGGAGAUUCCGUCAAAGCUAUGAGGCUGUGCAGUCUGGCUCGGCCAAGAAAGAUAUACAUCUCCCUACUAGACAUAUUCAAGUAUCCCACACUGUCCGAUCUCGCGAAGUUCGCAGAGACCUCGCUGCACGAUGCGGCAAACGAUGAAUACCGCCCCGGGUCUCUGCUAGGGGUGACUGAUUUAACAUCUUUUAUCUCAAGUCUCCCUGGACGUCCUAUGACAUUCGAUCCUGAAGAGGUGGUAGACCUCUUACCUGCUACGGAGUUUCAGAGCUCUCUCCUCGAGGAUAAGAAUGCCACCUAUUUCUCUCUGCCCCUUCCUACUGAUAUCGACUUGACACAACUCGAGGGAGCUUGUCGAGCAAUGGUGGCGCAAAACCCGAGCCUGCGUACCGUGUUCACCUUCCACCAAGGUCAAUAUAUCCAAAUCAUUCUCCGACAGAUAAAACUCCCCGUCACCCGUCUUGUUUGCGACGAUAAUGCCAGCCCGGAGGAGUUUGUCGAAUCGGCUUGUACCCGCGACUACGCUGAUCCACUGCCCUUGGGUGCACCCCAGCUGAGGAUAUAUCUUAUCACACAGGCAGCGUCGCGCCAUUGGCUGCUAGUCAGAGCAUCACACGCACAGCUAGACUUCGUAUCUGCGAUUCUGUUCCUGAAAGACAUAUCGGCUAUAUACGAAGGACGGCAACGGCAGCCUCGGGGCCCGUCAUUUGCCCAGUACCUGCAAUACCGGCUGUUGAAUCGUCCGAAAGACGCACUUCAGUUCUGGGAAAGCUACCUUCGCGGCUCAGAGGUGACUGUUCUCAGAGCCGAAAAAACCGCGCCUCCGUUAUUUGGUCCUACUCCCACAAACCCAAUGAGGGUCUUCAAGACGAUCCCGUUUCCAGCAACAAAAGAGGGAAUCACCGUGGCCACAUUAACCAAGGCUGCAUGGGCGUUCGUGCUUGCAGAGCUGACGGGCGAGACCGAUGUAGUUUUCGGGCACGUUCUGAACGGUCGAGAGCUACCAAUCGCUCAUGUUGAAGAAGUCCCUGGGCCCUGUUUCCCUGUGCGAAGCGCGGUGGGUACUGGCUAUUACCAGGCUGGGUGCGUGCAACAAAAUCAUGGCUAG